AUGGAGUUGGAGUUUCUGCAACCCAGUCCAAGGGUUUCUCUUGAUGAUGAAGCAUCUAUAUCAGUGGAAUCUUUGUUCGAAAAUCUUUCAUCUUUGCAAGCUUUUGUGCAGGAGAAAUCCGGAGGUGGCACUGCGAUAAGAGAUUUAGAAAUCAAGAUCAGAGACUUUGCACUCCAUGCUGAGGACCGCAUCGAAAUACAACUAAGCAACUUCGUUCUGGCCAAGGACACACAGGAUCAACAAAAAGCUUCCCAGCAACUCCACCAAAUCUUGGGAGAAGCAGCAGAAAACGCAGCAGAGUUGCUGAAAAUCAUAAUCAACCAAGCUGAUGAUGAUGAUGAUGAUGAUGAGGCCAAUGAAAGUGAUGGUCAACCACUAAUUCCUUGGUUAAAAAACAAUGAUACAUCCUUACGGCGUUCUUCAAUGGUCGGUCGUUGCCGUGAUCAUACGAUGAUAAAGGACAUACUGUUGGAAAAUAUUCCCAACGUCAACCCCAGGCUGGAAACCUUUUAA